AUGGCGCCUUCACUAGAAGCACCAGAACCAGUCGAGGAUGUUCUCGCAAACCCCUUGAAGCAGAAGCCGAACCUCGUCGCCCCGGAACCCGAACACUGCCCUGGGCCCGAGUCAGAGCAGGCCGGCACUGCCGAUUCCUGUGCUGGAUGUCCAAACCAGAAGAUAUGCGCCUCGACACCAAAAGGGCCGGAUCCCGAUUUGCCGCUGAUAACAGCGCGCCUUGCUGGCGUCAAACACAAAAUCCUCGUCCUUAGCGGCAAGGGCGGAGUAGGCAAGAGCACGCUCACAGCGCAACUGGCGCACGCCUUCGCUACCAACCCUGACAGCACAGUCGGCGUGAUGGACACAGACAUCUGCGGGCCGAGCAUACCCAAGAUGCUGGGCGUCGAAUCCGAGACGAUACAUGUCAGCAGCAGCGGGUGGUCGCCCGUCUGGGCCAUGGACAACCUCGCCGUCAUGUCGAUCCAGUUCAUGCUCCCCAACCGCGACGACGCCAUCAUCUGGCGGGGCCCCAAGAAGAACGGGCUGAUCAAGCAGUUCCUAAAAGACGUUGAGUGGGGGGACCUCGACUUCCUCCUCGUCGACACGCCGCCGGGCACGAGCGACGAGCACCUAAGCGUCAACACGUUUUUGAAGCAGAGCAGCAUCGAGGGCGCCGUCGUGGUAACGACGCCGCAGGAGGUGUCGCUGCUGGACGUGAGGAAGGAGAUUGACUUUUGCCGCAAGGCCGGCAUCAGAAUCCUGGGACUGGUCGAGAACAUGUCACUGUUUGUGUGCCCCAAAUGCACGCACGCAAGCGAGAUCUUCAAGGCAACGACGGGCGGGGGCAGGGCGCUGGCACAUGAGAUGGGCAUCCCCUUCCUAGGGUCCGUACCCUUGGACCCGAGAAUAGGCAUGGCGUGCGACUACGGCGAGAGCUUUUUUGACUCGUUCCCCGACAGUCCUGCCUGUGUAGCACUCAAGCAUGUUGUCAGGGGGUUGGCGGAGCAGAUAGGGCUUGACCCGAACCAGGUAGUGCCUGAGGGUUAA